CGCCGCCUACUUUUUUUUUAGAACCGUGGAACGGCUGAUGUGGGCUUCGCCUUUACGGCGCCUUCUCGUAGCGGUCCCGUAGAGGCCCCCUUCCAUGUGCACCCCGAUGUUUGGUGCCCCGUGGACGAGAAAUCGACACGCCAUGUUUUCUCCGAGGACCACAGCGCUCGUCGCAGUGCCGAUUCUGGCAGUGCUUCACGUAGCAUCCGCUUUCUACCUCCCCGGCCUUGCCCCCGUCAACUACUGCAAGCCAGGCUCGACAACCAAGCAGUGCCAAACAAGGAUCGACCUGUUCGUGAACAGGCUAGACUCUGACGAGUCUGUCAUCCCGUACGAGUACCAACACUUCGACUUCUGCACGACCAAUGGGACGACGUCGCCAGCAGAGAACCUUGGCCAAGUGGUAUUCGGCGAGAGGAUUCGGCUGUCGCCUUAUGUGAUUGACUUUAUGGUGAACAAGACAUGUGCCAAGCUGUGCACACGUCAGUACGGUCCAAACAUUGCUGGUUCGUCGGCCCGCCUAGACCAGCUUCGCAAGGGAAUGAUGAAACAGUACCGGCACCACUGGAUUGUGGACAACAUGCCGGUCACCUGGUGCUACCUGAUCGACACCGAUAAGCAGUACUGCUCCAUGGGCUUCCCCAUGGGAUGCUUCACCUACCGCAACAGCCAGCCCCGGGGCCUCUGCAGUGUCACGUCCGAGUUCUCCAAGCCGGAAACGUUCUACCUGUUCAACCACGUAGACCUAACCAUUUCGUACCACAAGAGUGAGAAGGAGUCCUGGGGAAGUUCUUUCAUCGAGGAAGGAGGGCGCAUCAUCUCCGUCAAGGUGCAGCCUCGGAGCAUCAAGCACAAGGACGACAAGACGCCGACAUGCGACACGGGCGAGCACCUGACCCUUGGCCUCAAAGACAACGGCCCCUUGAGCAUCACAUACACCUACAGCGUGACCUUCGUGAGGAACGACCACGUGCGCUGGUCAUCCAGAUGGGACUACAUCCUCGAGUCUCUGCCGCAGACCAACAUCCAGUGGUUCAGCAUCAUGAACAGCCUGAUCAUAGUGCUUUUCCUGACCGGCAUGGUGGCCAUGAUCCUGCUCAGGACACUCCACAAGGACAUAGCUCGCUACAACCAGAUGGACUCUGGGGACGAUGCCCAGGAGGAGUUUGGGUGGAAGUUAGUGCACGGCGACGUCUUCCGCACUCCCCGCAGGGGCAUGCUGCUCUCGGUGUUCCUUGGCAGCGGCACACAGAUCUUCUUCAUGACCUUCAUCACCCUGCUUUUUGCCUGCCUGGGCUUUCUGUCACCAGCCAAUCGUGGGGCUCUCAUGACCUGUGCCAUGGUCCUGUUUGUGUGCCUUGGAACACCAGCUGGAUAUGUCUCAGCUAGGAUCUACAAGUCCUUUGGCGGGGAGCAGUGGAAGCUGAAUGUGCUGCUGACGGCGCUGGUGUGCCCGGGCAUCGUGUUCAGCCUGUUCUUUGCGCUGAACCUGCUGCUUUGGGCCAAGGAGAGCUCGGCCGCCGUGCCCUUCACCACACUGCUGGCGCUGCUGGCCCUGUGGUUUGGCAUCUCGCUCCCACUCACCUUCGUGGGUGCCUACUUUGGCUUCAAGCGCAGGAUGCUGGAGAACCCCGUGCGGACCAACCAGAUCCCCCGCCAGAUCCCAGAGCAGUCCCUGUACACCCAGGUGGUGCCAGCCAUCUUCAUGGGUGGCAUUCUCCCCUUUGGAUGCAUUUUCAUCCAGCUUUUCUUCAUCCUCAACUCCAUCUGGUCUAGCCAGAUGUACUACAUGUUUGGAUUCCUUUUCCUGGUCUUCAUUAUCCUGAUCAUCACCUGCUCGGAGACCACCAUACUGCUCUGCUACUUCCACCUGUGUUCUGAGGACUAUCACUGGUGGUGGCGAUCCUUCCUGACCAGUGGCUGUACGGCAUUCUACCUGUUUGUCUACUGUGUCCACUACUUCACGCGACUCAGCAUCACGGGCGUGGCCUCGACCUUCCUCUAUUUUGGAUACACCCUCAUCAUUGUGUUCCUCUUCUUCCUCCUCACCGGCACUGUGGGCUUCUUCUCCUGCUUCUGGUUCGUGCGCAAGAUCUACAGUGUCGUCAAGGUCGACUGAGCAACGGGCAGCAGUGGGACAAGAUGUCCAUCACGCACCAUCAGUGUCAGGUGGUUGUCGUGGCUGGCCGAGCGCUCUUGCGUGGGACGCAAAAAUGAGACUUUGGUUUGUGGCGGCAGCUUGCCGCGUACGUCUGCCCGUCUGUCUCCAGACAGGUGCAGACGACAACUUCUGUGAGGCAAUGGCCAAACUGUCUUGCCAAGCCUGUCGCGUUGUUCCCUGGCAGGUGUUGUGCCCGAGGAGUGAACCACCAAAAGAACCCACUCUGGAGGAAGGGAGAGAGAGCCACUAUCGCACUUGUGCCAGCGUGGCAUUCUCAUGUGUAGUCUUGUCCAUUCUUGUUGCUUUGUAGUAGUACUGAGAAGUGUUUUUACUUCAUUUUGUUGUGUGUUUGUUUCGCGUAGCGUGCAAUGCCUCCCCCCCUCUCCCCCAGCCUGCCUUUGUUUAUUUCGCUUCAAAAAAAGUUUAUGUUGCAACUUGU